AUGUCUUCUUAUGCCAAGUUACUAAAGGAGAUUUUAUCAAAGAAACGGAAGCUAACAGAGGAUGGACCCAUUGUUUUAACUGAGGAGUGCAGUGCAAUCAUACAGAGAAAACUGCCUCCAAAAUUAAAGAAUCCUGGAAGUUUAAGUAUCCCCUACAAGAUUGGAAAAUUAAUUGUUGAUAAAGUGUUAUAUGAUCUUGGUGCCAGCAUAAAUGUAAUGCCACUAUCCAUGAUGAAGAAGUUGGGAAUCGCGGAAGUGAAGCCAACUAGGACAAUAUUGCUACUGGCUGACCGCUCUACAAAGCAAGCUUAUGGCAUUAUGGAGGAUAUACUAGUCAAAGUAGACAAGUUUAUCAUUCCUGUCGACUUUGUUAUCCUUGAUAUAGAGGAAGAUGUUACUAUUUUGAUGAUAUUCGGAAGAUCCUUCUUAGCAACCUCGGGAGUGCUAAUUGUUGUACCUAAGGGUGAGAUGAUCUUAAGGCUGGAUGGAGAGCAAGCGACAUUUAAAGUUUUUGAAAAGAGAAGUUCUACCGCCUAUAGUUCAACUAGAAGACCAAGUUUGCUUUAUUGA